AACAAUAAAAUUAGUUUCCUCCACAAUCAACAGUUUUCUUCCCCAACUAAACCCUGCAGCACAACAACGGAGACCCGAUUGAGGAGCGGCAAGCGAACGACGGCGAUCGAACAACGGCUUGGUGAGCCCGGCGAUUAAAAACCUACGUAGCACAUUGGAGUAGCUAAAUGGGGAACGAUGAAGGUUGUGAUAAGCAAAAGAGAGUGGUUUUUGUGACUGUAGGGACGACCUGUUUUGAUGCUCUUGUGAGAGCUGUGGAUUCCAAUAUCGUUAAACAAGCCUUGUUUGCUAAAGGAUACACCCACCUUCUUAUUCAAAUGGGUCGAGGAUCAUAUCUUCCCACAAAGUCUGAAGGAGAUGGUGCUCUGGCUGUAGACUACUUCACUUUUUCAUCCAGUAUUGCAGCUCAUCUCAGAUCAGCUUCUCUUGUCAUUAGCCACGCAGGGUCCGGUAGCAUAUUUGAGACGUUGCGGCUUGGCAAACCUUUAAUAGUGGUUGUAAAUGAAGAUUUGAUGGAUAAUCAUCAAAGUGAACUAGCCGAAGAACUUGCUGAUAGAAAACAUCUGUAUUGUGCCGGUCCUCAAACACUCCAGCAAACUAUUACGGAUAUGGAUUUAAGUUCUCUCUCUCCUUAUUCUCCAGGUGAUGCUACACCGGUGGCCCAGCAUAUAAACAGUUUCCUUGGUUUUCCUGAUGACUGAUCUAUAGAGCCUUUUUGCCCCUCUUUUGUGGUUAAAUGCCAUUGGGAAGGAUGAUAAUGAAUUUUUAUGAUAUUUUGAUGCCAUAAAUAUUUUGGUCAUAUGAAGUGAAUAUUAGGUUAGUGUAAGCAAUGUACUUGUGACACUUAAUAGGGAUGAUAUUCAAUUUUGGUAACCUUCGGAUGCAUUAAAUAUUUUCAGUCUUAGUGUUGAAUUGAAGAGCAAUGCACAUGAGGGUUGGUAUUAAA